CGUGAUGAAAAUAUUUGUCAGUUGGUGUCCAGUUCUUCGCCAAAAUGGACGUGUUGACGCUUUAUAAUAUUUUAGAAGACGAAGCUGACGAAGAACUGUUGCUACUUGCAAAUUAUUUCAGGGAUGAAGAGGACGAAAUGUUUAUUGAACGAAGUAGAGAAGGAUGUUAUAAUAUUUUAGUUGAAAGACGCCUUAUAGAUAACGAAAUUAGAUUUCGUGCAUAUUUUAGGGUAUCACUUGAACUAUUCAAUUAUAUAUUAGAUUAUAUUAAAGAUGAUAUAAAAAGACGACCAAGUAACAGAGUUAAAAGACCAAUAUCACCGGAGGAAAAACUCGCUCUCACUCUAAGAUUUUUAGCAACCGGAGAGAGUUACAGAUCUCUUUCAUUUCAGUUCAGAAUAUCGCACAGCUGGAUAAGUACCAUUAUAAAGGAAGUACUUGUAGCUAUUUGUAACCGAUUGAAAAACAUAACAAUGCCAGAACCUACCGAACAUAGUUUAAAAAAAAGUAUCCAAUGAUUUCUAUGAAAUGUGGAAUUUUCCGAAUUGCUGCGGCGCUAUUGACGGGAAACACAUAAGGAUCGUUUGCCCUGAUAGCUCUGGAUCACUGUAUUUUAAUUUUAAAUCAUUUUUUUCCGUUGUUCUAUUGGCUUUAUGUGAUGCGAAUAACAAGUUUCUAGUGGUCGACAUAGGGUCAUAUGGAAAAGAAGGAGAUGCAGGAAUUUUCCCUAAAUCAAAUUUGGGAAAAUUGAUUUCAACCGGAAAAUUUAAAUUUCCAGACCCAGAGUGCUUACCAAAUACUGAUAUAGUCGUGCCUCAUGUAUUUGUUGGUGAUGAAGCGUUUAAAUUAACGGAAACAAUGAUGAGGCCCUAUCCUCGAAAUCAAUCGAAAUCAGAUCAAACGAAAGCCAUUUUUAAUUAUCGUUUAAGUCGAGCGCGAAGAACAACGGAAAAUACGUUUGGAAUUAUGUGUCAAAAUUUUCGAGUAUUUUUUACUCCAAUUAAUAUUCUUCCUGAGACAGUAGACAACUUAAUAAUGGCAUCGUGUAUUAUCCAUAAUCUAUUACGAAAUGAACGAAUGGUGUGUCCUACAGAUUCAACAGAAAAAGAUCCCAUAACGGACGUACAAACGAACAUGAUACAAUUAAGUGCAAUAGGGGGAAAUGCAACACAUGAAGCUUUUCGAGUCAGGGAAACUUUUAAAGAUUAUUUUAAUAGCAGGAUAGGAUCAGUGAGCUGGCAGCAAAAACACGUCACACGAACUAAUUGAAAUAAUAUUAUUGUAUACA